ACUUCUACCUGUUGGUCAGUGGGCUACUGAUGACCCAGAUAACCAACAGUGUGUUUAACACCUCCCUGUUCACCCUGGUCAUGCCACACAGCCUGCUAGCCUGGCAGAGGGUGCGGCUGGCACACGCUCUGGCAUGCACCAAGGAGCAGUGGGCACAUGUCUUCUCUAAGUACAACUCCAGUGAGGCCUGGGGUGUGGUGGACGUUUCUGGGAAUGGGUUUUGUAAUUUGUGUAACAACCUGUACAUGCAUGAAUAACCUAUGAGCUUGUGUUUAGGUGUGGUGUGCGGAUAGAUAUUGUGAUUUGUGUGCUACUGUACAUGUUAAUGAUUACAUGAUUUCUGUGUAAUAACGAUAGAUAGUUUGUCUUGAAUUGAUUGUUGCAUAGUAUGAUAAAUGGUAGAGUAUGGUACGCACCAGCUGUGUGAUGUAUCGCCUAAGGCCCUGACCACAGAUGACAGAGUUGUCCUGUUCUCUGGGGUGUAUUGUAAUUGGUCUCUGUUAAUAAGUCGCUCUGGAUAAGAGCGUCUGCUAAAUGACUAAAAUGUAAAUGUAGAGCCACUGCAGCAGGAGACGACAUAACGUGUUGCUUAGGAGGAACAGUACAGCUUGUUCUCACUGAGGGGACUGACUGGCCAUAGCCUCUCUGUCUCUGGAACCUAAAAUAACCAGAAAGUACAAUCUGACUGACACCUGAGAUGUGCACAUGAUCGUAUAUGUGCGAACUCUGCUCAUCAGUGCCUAAUUCAAACACCCUCUUUGACUUUUUAUGGGUAUCCACAUGCUCCAGUGUAGUACAUGUGUUCACCACAGUCCCAAGACAUUACAUACUGUAUUUGAGGAGGUGACUAGUUUCUCCUGUCUUUCAAGGACCUGUAAUAACCAGCAGAUAAUAAACAACAAACCAAGUUACCACAACUAAUAACACAAUUACAUUUCCCCUCCCUCCCUCCUCAGGAACCUACAGUGAGGGAAAAAAUUAUUUGAUCCCCUGCUGAUUUUGAAAAUUUGCCCACUGACAAAGAAAUUAUCAGUCUAUAAUUUUAAUGGUAGGGUUAUUUGAACAGUGAGAGACAGAAUAACAACAAAAACAUCCAGAAAAAUGCAUGUCAGAAAUGUUAUAAAUUGAUUUGCAUUUUAAUGAGGGAAAUAAGUAUUUGACCCCCUCUCAAUCAGAAAGAUUUCUGGCUCCCAGGUGUCUUUUAUACAGGUAACGAGCUGAGAUUAGGAGCACACUCUUAAAGGGAGUGCUCCUAAUCUCAUCUUUUUACCUGUAUAAAAGACACCUGUCCACAGAAGCAAUCAAUCAAUCAGAUUCCAAACUCUCCACCAUGGCCAAGACCAAAGAGCUCUCCAAGGAUGUCAGGGACAAGAUUGUAGACCUACACAAGGCUGGAAUGGGCUACAAGACCAUCGCCAAGCAGCUUGGUGAGAAGGUGACAACAGUGUGCGAUUAUUCGCAAAUGGAAGAAACACAAAAUAACUGUCAAUCUCCCUCGGCCUGGGGCUCCAUGCAAGAUCUCACCUCGUGGAGUUACAAUGAUCAUGAGAACGGUGAGGAAUCAGCCCAGAACUACACAGGAGGAUCUUGUCAAUGAUCUCAAGGCAACUGGGACCAUAGUCACCAAGAAAACAAUUGGUAACACACUACGCCGUGAAGGACUGAAAUCCUGCAGCGCCCGCAAGGUCCCCCUGCUCAAGAAAGCACAUAUACAGGCCCGUCUGAAGUUUGCCAAUGAACAUCUGAAUGAUUCAGAGGACAACUGGGUGAAAGUGUUGUGGUCAGAUGAGACCAAAAUCGAGCUCUUUGGCAUCAACUCAACUCGCCGUGUUUGGAGGAGGAGGAAUGCUGCCUAUGAUCCCAAGAACACCAUCCCCACCGUCAAACAUGGAGGUGGAAACAUUAUGCUUUGGGGGUGAUUUUCUGCAAGGGGACACGACAACUACACCGCAUCAAAGGGAUGAUGGACGGGGCCAUGUACGGUCAAAUCUUGGGUGAGAACCUCCUUCCCUCAGCCAGGGCAUUGAAAAUGGGUUGUGGAUGGAUAUUCCAGCAUGACAAUGACCGAAAACACACGGCCAAGGCAACAAAGGAGUGGCUCAUGAAGAAGCACAUUAAGGUCCUGGUGUGGCCUAGCCAGUCUCCAGACCUUAAUCCCAUAGAAAAUCUGUGGAGGGAGCUGAAGGUUCGAGUUGCCAAACGUCAGCCUUGAAACCUUAAUGACUUGGAGAAGAUCUGCAAAGAGGAGUGGGACAAAAUCCCUCCUGAGAUGUGUGCAAACCUGGUGGCCAACUACAAGAAACGUCUGACCUCUGUGAUUGCCAACAAGGGUUUUGCCACCAAGUACUAAAUCAUGUUUUGCAGAGGGGUCAAAUACUUAUUUCCCUCAUUAAAAUGCAAAUCAAUUUAUAACAUUUUUGACAUGCGCUUUUCUGGAUUUUCUUGUUGUUAUUCUGUCUCUCACUGUUCAAAUAAACCUACCAUUAAAAUUAUAGACCGAUCAUGUCUUUGUCAGUGGGCAAACGUACAAAAUCAGCAGGGGAUCAAAUACUUUUUUCCCUCACUGUAUAACAUCCAGUACAUGGUGUUUGACCUGAGUAGGGUGUCAUUGGAGAGGAGCAUAACAUUACAUUACAUUUUAGCAGACGCUCUUAUUCAGAGCAACUUACAGUUUGUGAGUGCAUACAUUAUUAAAAAAAAUUAAUACCAACUGAGCUACAUCCCUGCCGGCCAUUCCCUCCCCUACCCUGGACGACAGAGCCUGGAUUCGAACCAGGAUCUCUAGUGGCACAGCUACCACUGCAUGCCUUAGACCACUGCGCCACUCGGAUAGGGCUCUGACAGUGGUGGAGCAGAUACCAGGGCUGGCGCUACACUCUGUCCAGACAUAGGCCCUGUGACAGGGUAAAAGACAGUCAUGUCAGUCUCUUCAAUGAUAUAAAGCUAAACUGGUGGUAUCUGAUGGGUUUUAUUCCAUGCUAAUUGACCCUCUGGGAUUAAUAAAGUUUUAUAGGAUUGAACUACAAAUGCCUCCCCCAAAUGUAAUUAAAUGAAUGGCAAGCUGAUAUGUUGCUCAAUUUAAUUCCAAAGCCUGGGGGAGUAGGAUAAAUGUAUAAGCCCAUGUCAGCUGGGUACCAAUAGUUGUAUGACACUUAAAUAAAAUGUUUCAAUUAAUCAAUCUGUCAAUUAAUCAAUCUGUCUCUCCACAUCUGAUAUGUCCCUACUUCACCCUUUCUACAUUAUUCUUGUCUUUCUCCUGGUCCCUCCACCAGACUACUGACCAUUCUACAGUGUGCCCUUCCAUGAAGACAUCUACAACCUGAGUGGCUAUGGGGUGAUGUGGAGGAAGCAUGCAGAGGACUUCUCCUACGACCUCUGUCCCAGAGCCAAGAUCUUCCGCAGGGACCAGGCCAGGGUUAAAGACCUCGCCUCCAUCAAGCACAUCAUGAGAUACAACAGUGAGUGCUGCUAUAUGAUUUUUAUCAGACAUGGAUUGGUAACUCUAGUCCUUUUAUACUUAGGCAGAUACAGGCAACACCAGGCCUGGAGGACCGCUGGCCCUGUAGUGUCUGUAGGCUUUUGCUGCAGCCGUAAUCUGGCUGGAAAAUAACGGGCCUUUCAUUCCGGUCUGCUCAAACUAUCCCUAUAAAUAGAAUGAGAAUUCAGACAGAGAUUAAAUUAUUCAAGGAGGAUAGAUCAUUUUGCUGUGUGGAUGUACUGUAUUCUCAUGUCUGCUGUUCUAACCUCUGAACUCAGUGCUUUUGAACUGUGUCUCCAGACUACAGGAAAGACCCGUACUCCCAGGGCCAUCCCUGUAAAACCAUCUGCUGUCGGAACGACCUGAGGCUGAAAAGGUUGGGUUUCAAUUACCACCAUGUCCAGUCCAGACAUUCAUUCACUCAUUCAUAAAAUAACAAUAUCAAAGGGAACAUGAUGGCGCAAUUUAUAGUUUUACAGUACAUCACAAUACUAGAAUAACAUUCAAGUAAAACAAAUUGGCACUUUUAAUUCUCUCUCUCUCUCUCCUUCCCUCUCCAUGGUAAACAGACUUCCACCUGGCCCAACAGUUAACAGCGGAGGCUGUGAACGGUCCCACCAUUCAGGGGGGCCUGCUUCCGUUCUCCUGGAGCCACAUCAACAGCACAGCCCACCAGGAUCUGCCACAGUCAUAUACAGUGCAUUCGGAAAGUAUUCAGGCCCCUUGACUUUUUCCACAUUUUGUUACGUUACAGCCUUAUUCUAAAAUGGAUUAAAUAAAUAAAAAUCCUCAUCAAUCUACACACAAUACCCCAUAAUGACAAAGCAAAAACAGGUUUUUAGAUGUUUUUACAUAAGUAUUCAGACCCUUUGCUAUGAGACUGAAAAUUGAGCUCCGGUGCAUCCUGUUUCCAUUGAUCAUCCUUGAGAUUUCUACAACUUGAUUGGAGUCCACCUGUGGUAAAUUCAAUUGAUUGGACAUGAUUUGGAAAGGCACACACCUGUCUAUAUAAGGGCUCACAGUUGACAGUGCAUGUCAGAACAAAAACCAAGCCAUGAGGUCGAAGGAAUUGUCCGUAGAGCUCCGAGACAGGAUUGUGUCGAGGCACAGAUCUGGGGAAGGGUACCAAAACCAUUCUGCAGCAUUGAAGGUCCCCAAGAACACAGUGACCUCCAUCAUUCUUAAAUGGAAGUAGUUUGGAACCACCAAGAUUCUUCCUUGAGCAAACUGAGCAAUCAAGGGGAAGGGCCUUGGUCAGGGAGGUGACCAAGAACCCAAUGGUCACUCUUACAGAGCUCCAGAGUUCCUCUGUGGAUAUGGUUGUCCUUCUGGAAGGUUAUCCCGUCUCUGCAGCACUCCACCAAUCAGGCCUUUAUGGUAGAAUGGCCAGACGGAAGCCACUCCUCAGUAAAAGGCACAUGAUAGCUCACUUGGAGUUUGCCAAAAGGCACCUAAAGACUCUCAGACCAUGAGAAACACGAUUCUCUGGUCUGAUGAAACCAAGAUUGAACUAGUCUCUGAAUGUCCUUGAGUGGCCCAGCUAGAGCCUGGACUUGAACCCGAUCAGACAUCUCUGCAGAGACCUGAAAAUAGCUGUGCAGCGAUGCUCCCCAUCCAACCUGACAGAGCUUGAGAGGAUCUGCAGAGAAGAGUGGGAGAAACUCCCCAAAUACAGGUGUGCCAAGCUUGUAGCGUCAUACCCAAGAAGACUCGAGGCUCUAAUCGCUGCCAAAGGUACUUCAACAAAGUACUGACUAAAGAGUCUGAAUACUUAUGUAAAUGUGAUAUUUCAGUUUUUCUAUUUUUAUAAAUUUGCUCAAAUUUAUAAAAAACUGUUUUUGCUUUGUCAUUAUGGGGUAUUGUGUGUAGAUUGAUGAGGGAAAAAAGCAAUUUAAUAAAUUUUAGAACAAGACUGUAACGUAACAAAAUGUGUAACAAGUAGAGGGCUCUGAAUACUUUCCGAAUGCACUGUAACUUCAGCUUCAUCCCCAUGAAGCCAACCCUGUCACUAUACCAGCCAUGAGAGGGGUCUGGGGUCUGGGUUGUGUUCAUUAGGGCAAACAACAGAUUCUUUUUUUUGCAAUGGAAGAUGAAAAUAAGGGUUUCUUAUUGGACAAGUCCAGGUAGUCCCUUUCUAUUGCAUUCAGUUUUCUUCUAUUUGGUGCCUAAUGAACAUAACCCAGGGGACUGAAAGCCCAGAGGGGCUGGGGAGUAGGGAGUAGGAUGAAGUGGCCACUAGAUACAGAUCCAAGGUCAAUUUUGUGGUUUAAGUUGUUAGCAAAACUGUUAGAUGCACUGAAAAUACAGUAUCUUUAUUAUGUGAUUGUGUCUUUAUGUUUGUAUAAUGUGUGUUCAUUUGUGUGUCUCCUUUGCCAAGAUAAUCCAUCCACCUGACAGGUGUGGCAUAUCAAGAAGCUGAUUAAACAGCAUGAUCAUUACACAGGUGCACCUUGUGCUGGGGACAAUAAAACACCACUCUAAAAUGUGCAGUUUUGUCACACAACACAAUGCCACAGACGUCUCAAGUUUUGAGGGAGCGUGCAAUUGGCUUGCUGACUGCAGGAAUGUCCACCAGAGCUGUUGCCAGAGAAUUGAAUGAAUUUCUCUACCAUAAGCUGCCUCAAACGUCGUUUUGGAGAACUUGGCAGUACUUCCAACCGGCCUCACAUCCAGGACCUCCACAUCUGGCUUCUUCACCUGCGGGAUCGUCUGAGACCAGCCACCUGGACAGCUAAUGAAACUGUGGGUUUGCACAACCAAAUAAUUUCUGCACGAACUGUCAGAAACUGUUGAUUUGCACAACCGAAUAAUUUCUGCACGAACUGUCAGAAACCGUCUCAGGGAAGCUCAUAUGCGUGCUCGUCGUCCUCACCAGGGUCUUGACCUGAUUGCAGUUCAGCGUCAUAACCGACUUCAGUGGGCAAAUGCUCACCUUCGAUGGCCACUGGCACACUGGAGAAGUGUGCUCUUCACGGAAGAAUCCUGGUUUCAACUGUACAGGGCAGAUGGCAGACGUGUGGGCGAGUGGUUUGCUGAUGUCAACAUUGUGAACAGAGUGCCCCAUUGUGGCGGUGGGUUAUGGUAUGGGCAGGCAUAAGCUACGGACAGCAAACACAAUUGCAUUUUAUCGAUGGCAAUUUGAAUGCACAGAGAUACCGUGAUGAGAUCCUGAGGCCCAUUGUCGUGCCAUUCAUCCGCCGCCAUCACCUCAUGUUUCAGCAUGAUAAUGCAUGGCCCCAUGUCGCAAGGAUCUGUGAAACAUUUCUGGAAUCUGAACAUUUCCCAGUUCUUCCAUGGCCUCCAUACUCACCAGACAUGUCACCCAUUGAGCAUGUUUGGGAUGCUCUGGAUCGACAUGUACGACAGCGUGUUCCAGUUCCCGCCAAUAUCCACCAACUUCACAUUGAAGAGGAGUGGGGCAAUAUUCCACAGGCCACAAUCAACAGCCUGAUCAACUCUAUGCAAACGAUAUGUGUCGCGCUACAUGAGGCAAGUGGUGGUCACACUAGAUACUGACUGGUUUUCUGGUCUACACCCUUACCUUUUUUUUUUUUUAAGGUACCUGUGACCAACAGAUGCAUAUCUGUAAUCCCAGUCAUGUAAAAUCCAUAGAUUAGGGCCUAAUGAAUUUAUUUAAAUUGACUGAUUUCCUUAUAUGAACUGUAACUUAGUAAAAUAUUUGAAAUUGUUGCAUGUUGUGUUUAUAUUUUUGUCUGUACAAUCUAAUAAUGAUAUUCUCAGGUGUGAUUUUUUUUGUGAGUCAUUUGUGAACCUUUUGAUGAAAGGUGUGUAUAGAACUAAUAACAAUCAGCCCAAUCCUGUGUAAUUAAACUACAUGUAUUACACUUUGUCUAAUAAAAAAUGUAUGUUUCUCACUCCCCACAAUUUACACAACAAUGCAGUUGAAAAUAAUUGCAGUCUUGGCUCAGAUAGUUAUUGAAUAAUAAGUUAUUGAAUAAUAUUAGGCUAUCAUACAAUUUUAAUAUUAUUUUGACAUGAUUGUCUUUAGGAUACAAGGAGUGGACGUUAUCGUCACAGAUUUUAGAACUACAAGAUCCACAGUUCUUGGCGCACGGCAACAGCUUGGACAUGACGCUCCGGUUGCUUAACCGGGGGAAGACUAGGCGGAGCUCGAGUCAACGCGGUACACUGUUGUCGUAGAGAGACGUUGUUGAAAAAGAGAGGAAGCUGAAACGGCAGUUGGUACGCACGCUAUUGCUUGUUAACGUUGCUUGCAUCCAUUGCUAUUUCCUAAUGGCAACGGAGGAUAAAAGGAAAUCGGUGCCGCAGGCUGAAUCAGAAGUCGGUUCGUUACCGACACCUCAGGGCUACAAUAAUAAUAAUAACAACAACAACAACAACAAUAAUAACAAAGAUAGCGAGGGAAGCGAGAAUACGAGCACGGCAACUUCGAGCACUACCGCAUCGAGCGGGACGGGAACGCACAGCAUCGGGAACGGCUCUGGAGUCAACCCUACAGUGGGAAAUAACGGGAAAUGGGUCCGAUUGAACGUCGGCGGCACAGUAUUCCUCACAACGCGGCAUACCCUACUCAAAGAACAAACUUCCUUUCUCUAUCGGCUCUGUCAACAACAGGACUUACAUUCGGACACGGUAAGGCAAGAAUUGAUCAAGCGCUUGGCUUCGAUCAAGAUAACACAUCAGAAUUAAUUAAUUUAAUGAAUGAAUGGAUGGAUGGACGAAUUAAUUACAUUUGAAUGGUACCACUAGAUAUGGCUCUGUGGUACCCAUACCCGCCACCAGAUAUGGCUCUACCCAUUACCCAGUGAGUCAGAUGGAUGUGCACUGGCUGCCUCAUUCAGACCUGUGCGGAGGGUGUAUUCUGGCAGGACAGAGGGAGAGGAGGGUGGUGGGGUAGUAGAAAAAUGUCUAUAGAUAGGUUGGCAAUAUGUGACUGAUCUGUUUGUGAAAUACAGUACAUCACUAAUGCAGUAAGCCUAUAAUAGGAUUUAUUUCAGAGUGUCUGUCUCUUUCUGUCUGUGUGUGAUCACAGAUGGUCUUGUCCCUUGGCCACGAACAUAGCCCUAUUGUAGGCUGCUAUAAUUGAUUUGUCCUCCUGCACCACUGGUUACAGUGAGUAGAUAAGGUGCAUUAUCUUUGUGUGUGACCUUCAUUAAUGCACCAGUGUCCAUUAGUCUUGUUCCUACUCUCUCUCUUUCUCUCUCUCCCUCUCUCUUUCUCUCUUUCCAUAGAAGAAGUAAAGAGAUUGUAUGUGUGACUGUCUCUGUGUUGAGACAAAUAACACCUCUGUUUGCCUAACAUAUAUUUCCUGUGGGACCCAGUGAGGCCCCCAUAGGGACCUGGCACAAGGCUAGGCACACUGUGUAGUUCCUUGGGUAAACUAUUAACACACCAGAUGAGGGUUGACUUUUCCUGACCGGAGGCAGUGUGGCUGAACAGACAGGCCAGGAUGACAGGAGAUAGAGAGACAGAGAAGCUCAUUUUUAAUCUUCACCCUCUGUGUGUGUGUGUGCACCUCUGUCUUUGUCCUCCUGCACCACUGGCCACAGUGAAUAGAUAAAGCGCAAAAUCUUUGUGUAUGACCUUCAUUCCUCCUCUCUCCCCCCUUUCUCUUGCUCUCUCUCUCUCUUGCUCUAUCACUCUCUCUCUCUCUUUCUCUAUGCCUCUAGUCAAACCCCAUCCACACACUCUCCCUCCUCCUCUCCUCUGUUAUCUCUCAACCCUUCUAGGGACCCUCUCUCCUUUCUCCCCUCUUUCUUUUCAUCCCCUUCUCACACUUGAGUCAUCUUAUUCCUCCCAGGCUACUGUCAUGUCAUUGCCUGUUAACUAACUGUUUCUAAAACAAUACUAACAGUCUACUUAUUUUUCUCCCCACUAAUUUACUGUUAGUCCCUUCUUGUAACCUGGCUUGUGAUGAAAGGCCCCAUAGAGUCCUCAGGAAUACAGAGUACCCAGUCCAACAUUAUAUCCACAGAAGAAGUACUAGGCCACUAGCUGAAUUUUUCUAUUUCCCAGGUGUCUGUCUGAUUCUAUCUUCACAGGAGCUACAGUUGAAGUCUGAGUUUACAUACACUUAGGUUGGGGUCAUUAAAAGUUGUUUUUCAACCACUCCACAAAUUUCUUGUUAACAAACUAUCGUGUUGGCAAGUCGGUUAGGACAUCUACUUUGUGCAUGACACAAGUAAUUUUUCCAACAAUUGGUUACAGACAGAUUAAUUCACUUAUAAUUCACUGUAUCACAAUUCCAGUGGGUCAGAAGUUUACAUACACUAAGUUGACUGUGUCUUUAAACAGCUUGGAAAAUUCCAGAAAAUUAUGUCAUGGCUUUAGAAGCUUCAGAUAGGCUAAUUGACAUCAUUUGAGUCAAUUGGAGGUGUACCUGCUGAUGUAUUUCAAGGCCGACCUUCAAACUCAGUGCCUCUUUGCUUGACAUCAUGCGAAAAUCAAAAGAAAUCAAUCAAGACCUCAAAAAAAAAUGUGUAGACCUCCACAAGUCUGGUUCCUCCUUGGGAGCAAUUUCCAAACGCCUGAAGGUACCACGUUCAUCUGUACAAACAAUAGUACGCAAGUAUAAACACCAUGGGACCACGCAGCCGUCAUACCGCUCAGGAAGGAGACACGUUCUGUCUCCUAGAGAUGAACGUACUUUGGUGCGAAAAGUGCAAAUCAAUCCCAGAACAACAGCAAAGGACCUUGUGAAGAUGCUGGAGGAAACGGGUACAAAAGUAUCUAUAUCCACAGUAAAACGAGUCCUAUAUCGACAUAACCUGAAAGGCCGCUCAGCAAGGAAGAAGCCACUGCUCCAAAACCGCCAUAAAAAAGCCAGACUAUGGUUUGCAACUGCACAUGGGGACAAAGAUCGUACUUUUUGGAGAAAUGUCCUCUGGUCUGAUGAAACAAAAAUAUAACUGUUUGGCCAUAAUGACCAUCGUUAUGUUUGGAGGAAAAAGGGGGUACUUGCAAGCCGAAGAACACCAUCCCAACCGUGAAGCACGGGGGUGGCAGCAUCAUGCUGUGGGGGUGCUUUGCUGCAGGAGGGACUGGUGCACUUCACAAAAUAGAUGGCUUCAUUAGGAAGGAAAAUUAUGUGGAUAUAUUGAAGCAACAUCUCAAGACAUCAGUCAAGAAGUUAAAGCUUGGUCGCAAAUGGGUCUUCCAAAAUGACAAUGACCCCAAGCAUACUUCCAAAGUUGUGGCAAAAUGGCUUAAGGACAACAAAGUCAAGGUAUUGAAGUGGCCAUCACAAAGCCCUGACCUCAAUCCAAUAGAACAUUUGUGGGCAGAACUGAAAAAGCGUGUGCGAGCAAGGAGGCCUACUAACCUGACUCAGUUACACCAGCUCUGUCAGGAGGAAUGGGCAAAAAAUUCACCCAACUUAUUGUGGGAUGCUGGUGGAAGGCUACCCAAAACAUUUGACCCAAGUUAAAUAAUUUAAAGGAAAUGCUACCAAAUACUAAUUGAGUGUAUGUAAACUUCUGACCCACUGGGAAUGUGAUGAAAUAAAUAAAACCUGAAAUAAAUAAUUCUCUCUACUAUUAUUCUAACAUUUCACAUUCUUAAAAUAAAGUGGUGAUCCUAACUGACCUAAGACAGGGAAUUUUUACUAGGAUUAAAUGUCAGAAAUUGUGAAAAACUGAGUUUAAAUGUAUUUGGCUAAGGUGUAUGUAAACUUCCGACUUCAACUGUAUAUUGUAAUCCGCUGGUUUGCGCUCCAGUCUGCAGAGGGUUGCCGCAGUGUUUAGAACACACCAACUGUGUAUUACUAUUUUAAUAAGAUUACGGUCUGUCUGGCACCUACAGGCUUGCCACCCCUCUCUGUCCCAAAAUACCCCCUGGUGCCUGCUGUCACCCCUGCCCUGACUCCCACUCCCUUCUGACCUCCUCCUGUUCCUUCCUGUCCUCCUCCUGCCCCUCUUUCACUCAUUAUAAUCUCCUCCUGUCCCUUCCUCCUCCUGCUCCGGCAAGGUGAAAAAAUAUGCUGUUCUGCUCUUUAGCAAGGCAGUUAAACACAACAACAACUGUUCCCCGGGUGUCGAUGACAUAGAUGUCGAUUAAAUAUAUUUUUCUUCUGAUGAUCAUAUCUAAAUCUGAAAUGUCAAAGACUACAAAUUGCAAGAACAGAUCACUCUGGAGUCAGAUAUUUACAGAAUGUGUAAUUUAGUCUAUAAAACAAGUGAGAAUUAGGCAGGUCUGAUGCAGCAGUGUUGUUGGCAGAGUGAUUAGGAGUUUACAAUGUUAGAGGCUGGUGUUAUGUGCUCUUGUGUGUGCUAUUUGACUCCCACAAUCCAAAAUAGACCGAGCACUGGAGUAGCACAGUUGCAGAUCUGUAUGUGCUUCAGCCAACUUUAUCGUGUAUGUUGUCAUACAUGAACAUGAUAAAGGCAGUUCACUAAAACACUUGCAGUUCUGUGACGGGCAAUUAAAAAACCAUUGAUUUCAAAGUUGAACAAACCCUACAACUCUAUGCACAAGCACUACUUUUUAACAAUUUACACAUAACAUUUUACAAAAACACAUUUACUGAAAGAACUGUGCAAAUGCAAAGUUUGGUAACAGAAUUUCGAUAAAGUCUCCCUCCGUUUUUUAUGUGUCCACGUUUGACAAAAUCUGUUAAAUAUCUGCUCCGAAUUAACAUUCAACUAUGUCUGCAGAAAUAAUGGGGUGUCAGCUAUGACAUGACACAUUGAAUUAGAAAAAAUCUAUUUUGGUUAUUGAACUACAUUAAGUGAAGUGGAUUUACACCCGGUAACAGAAUUGCAGUAACGGAAUUUCAUCAAGGGUCUACACAGUAUUGCAUAAUUAUGGAUAUUAAUGUAAUUAUCUUCAUGGUGAUGUAUCCUAAAUAGGUACACAAAGGUAUACAUUUGCAAUAUCCUCCUUCGCAUAUUUGGGUAUUAUUCUACACAUUGGUUAUUUUAAUGAGCUCUGCCCCCAAACAAGACCAAACUUGGUUGGUCCAGAACGGACCAAAUCUGAACCAAUCAUAGACUUCUAUGUUUCACAAGUUUGGACAUCAAAGUACAGCUCAGUAGAGUACAGUAUAGCACAGAACAGUACAGUACAGUACACUAGAGUUCAGUACAGUAGAGUAGAGUUGAGUUCAGUACAGUACAAUAUAGUACAGUAGAGUACAGUAAAGUUGAAUAUAGCACUCAACUCUAGUGUGCUCUACUGUGUAUUGUACUGAACUCUACUGUACAUAACUAUACUCUACUGUUCUUUACUGUACUGUGCAGUACUGUACUGAACUAUACUCUUAUUUACUGUACUGUACUGGACUCUACUGUGCUGUCCAAACGUGUGACCCAACUGUGGUUUGUGACUACUAUGAUUUCCCAUUGUAGCCAAUUCAAUUGCAGAAAUUCUGUUUCCGAUUUUUAGGGAAAUUCUGAGUUUUAAUCACUUAAUAAUUCAUAAACAAAAUCGAUAUAAUUAAAAACACUAUAACUAAUUUAUAGGUCUACAGUGGGGAGAACAAGUAUUUGAUACACUGCCGAUUUUGCAGGUUUUCCUACUUACAAAGCAUGUAGAGGUCUGUAAUUUUUAUCAUAGGUACACUUCAACUGUGAGAGACGGAAUCUAAAACAAAAAUCCAGAAAAUCACAUUGUAUGAUUUUUAAGUAAUUCAUUUGCAAUUUAUUGCAUGACAUAAGUAUUUGAUACAUCAGAAAAGCAGAACUUUAAUAUUUGGUACAGAAACCUUUGUUUGCAAUUACAGAGAUCAUACGUUUCCUGUAGGUCUUGACCAGGUUUGCACACACUGCAGCAGGGAUUUUGGCCCACUCCUCCUUACAGACCUUCUCCAGAUCCUUCAGGUUUCGGGGCUAUCGCUGGGCAAUACGGACUUUCAGUUCCCUCCAAAGAUUUUCUAUUGGGUUCAGGUCUGGAGACUGGCUAGGCCACUCCAGGACCUUGAGAUGCUUCUUACGGAGCCUCUCCUUAGUUGCCCUGGCUGUGUGUUUCGGGUCGUUGUCAUGCUGGAAGACCCAGCCACGACCCAUCUUCAAUGCUCUUACUGAGGGAAGGAGGUUGUUGGCCAAGAUCUCGCGAUACAUGGCCCCAUCCAUCCUCCCCUCAAUACGGUGCAGUCGUCCUGUCCCCUUUGCAGAAAAGCAUCCCCAAAGAAUGAUGUUUCCACCUCCAUGCUUCACGGUUGGGAUGGUGUUCUUGUUCUAGCCAAUUCAAUUGCAGAAAUUCUGUUUCCGAUUUUUAGGGAAAUUCUGAGUUUUAAUCACUUAAUAAUUCAUAAACAAAAUCGAUAUAAUUAAAAACACUAUAACUAAUUUAUAGGUCUACAGUGGGGAGAACAAGUAUUUGAUACACUGCCGAUUUUGCAGGUUUUCCUACUUACAAAGCAUGUAGAGGUCUGUAAUUUUUAUCAUAGGUACACUUCAACUGUGAGAGACGGAAUCUAAAACAAAAAUCCAGAAAAUCACAUUGUAUGAAUUUUAAGUAAUUCAUUUGCAUUUUAUUGCAUGACAUAAGUAUUUGAUCACCUACCAACCAGUAAGAAUUCCAGCUCUCACAGACCUGUUAGUUUUUCUUUAAGAAGCCCUCCUGUUCUCCACUCAUUACCUGUAUUAACUGCACCUGUUUGAACUCGUUACCUGUAUAAAAGACACCUGUCCUCACACUCAAUCAAACAGACUCCAACCUCUCCACAAUGCCCAAGACCAGAGAGCUGUGUAAGGACAUCAGGGAUAAAAUUGUAGACCUGCACAAGGCUGGGAUGGGCUACAGGACAAUAGGCAAGCAGGUUGGUGAGAAGGCAACAACUGUUGGCGCAAUUAUUAGAAAAUGGAAGAAGUUCAAGAUGACGGUCAAUCACCCUCGGUCUGGGGCUCCAUGCAAGAUCUCACCUCGUGGGGCAUCAAUGAUCAUGAGGAAGGUGAGGGAUCAGCCCAGAACUACACGGCAGGACCUGGUCAAUGACCUGAAGAGAGCUGGGACCACAGUAUCAAAGAAAACCAUUAGUAACACACUACGCCGUCAUGGAUUAAAAUCCUGCAGCGCACGCAAGGUCCCCCUGCUCAAGCCAGCGCAUGUCCAGGCCCGUCUGAAGUUUGCCAAUGACAAUCUGGAUGAUCCAGAGGAGGAAUGGGAGAAAGUCAUGUGGUCUGAUGAGACAAAAAUAGAGCUUUUUGGUCUAAACUCCACUCGCCGUGUUUGGAGGAAGAAGAAGGAUGAGUACAAACCCAAGAACACCAUCCCAACCGUGAAGCAUGGAGGUGGAAACAUCAUUCUUUGGGGAUGCUUUUCUGCAAAGGGGACAGGACGACUGCACCGUAUUGAGCGGAGGAUGGAUGGGGCCAUGUAUCGCGAGAUCUUGGCCAACAACCUCCUUCCCUCAGUAAGAGCAUUGAAGAUGGGUCGUGGCUGGGUCUUCCAGCAUGACAACGACCCGAAACACACAGCCAGGGCAACUAAGGAGUGGCUCCGUAAGAAGCAUCUCAAGGUCCUGGAGUGGCCUAGCCAGUCUCCAGACCUGAACCCAAUAGAAAAUCUUUGGAGGGAACUGAAAGUCCGUAUUGCCCAGCGAUAGCCCCGAAUCCUGAAGGAUCUGGAGAAGGUCUGUAAGGAGGAGUGGGCCAAAAUCCCUGCUGCAGUGUGUGCAAACCUGGUCAAGACCUACAGGAAACGUAUGAUCUCUGUAAUUGCAAACAAAGGUUUCUGUACCAAAUAUUAAGUUCUGCUUUUCUGAUGUAUCAAAUACUUAUGUCAUGCAAUAAAUUGCAAAUGAAUUACUUAAAAAUCAUACAAUGUGAUUUUCUGGAUUUUUGUUUUAGAUUCCGUCUCUCACAGUUGAAGUGUACCUAUGAUAAAAAUUACAGACCUCUACAUGCUUUGUAAGUAGGAAAACCUGCAAAAUCGGCAUUGUAUCAAAUGCUUGUUCUCCCCACUGUUCCUUCUGUCAACUUUAAUUAUCCUUCCUCUUCAUGAGGGAGAGAAAUUAGAAAAUAUCUGAAAGAUAUGUGGGUUUUUGGUAAAGGAAUUUCAAGGCACAAGGCAAUGUUUCUUAAAGUUACAGAAGGCAGAAAAAUGUAUCCAAAACUAAAUAUAAGUGUUGAUAUUACUCUUUACUUCAACAUUAUUGUGUUUCGAUGCAUUUCUUAUACCUUUUUACGAUUUUAUCUCGUUGAUGUUUUCUAAGACCCCUUUUCCAUCUGUUUGACCAGAAAUCAAAGCCUUUGCUUAUUCUUAAUUUUUUGGAUGGAAAAUGGUUGAAAAUGUAUAUAAAUAAAAUACUCUUAGCUUUCAUUUGACACUCAAUUUGAUAUGCUCCUAUGAACUUCACAUGUUGGUGCUCAUGAGUCCUUUUACAUAGAAAUGACCUGACCAGACUAGCAUUAGGCUGGUUCAGUUUGGUCGCAGCCAGUGUUUUCACCCCAGAAGAGAUUGUAUGUGUGUCUGUGUCUUUCUCUGUUUCUGUGUUGAGACAAAUAACACCUCUGAUUGCCUAACAGAUAUUUCCUGUGGGACCCAGUGAGGCCCCCAUAGGGACCUGGCACAAGGCUAGGCACACUGUGUAGUUCCCCUUUCACCCAGCACCUCUACCUCUGCCCCUGUCUAGACCCCUUUCCCCCAGCACCUCUCCCUGUGCCCUUGUCUGUCCCCUGUAUCUCUCUCUUUCUGUCUUUCUCUCCCUCCCCCUGUUUGAGUCCUCCUCUCUCCAGUGUCUGCCAGCUCUCAUCUCCAAUCGAUUCUCAUUUUCUCUGCCUGGCUUCCCAGUCCCUUCUUCAUUCAGCUGAGUGCCUCACAUACCAUCCAUCCCUCUGCCCAUCUCUUUCUCUCUCUCGCUCUAUCUCUCACUCUGAUCUGCAGGCUCUCAUUCCUUUCCCUCCAUUCCUAUAAUUUUGCAGCACUUCUUCGAUUCAGAUUCAGAGCUGUGCCCUCUAUUAACACAGCCUCUCCAUCCCUCCCCUCUUCUCCAUCCCUCCAUCCCCCUCUCCAUCUGCUCCUUAAUCAGCUACUUCUCUCUUUCUGCUCCUCUGCUAUCUAGCUCGCUCCAUUCUGCCACUUGUUCCUGUUCCUGAAUCCCUCACUCCCAUUCUCAUCUUUCUGAACUCCUUGGCCUCUCUGUCCUCCUCCUUCUCAUCUCUCUCUACCUCCCUCUCUCUGUCUAGUGUCUCUUCGUCUCUGUGUUUGAAAAUGGGUGCCUGGGGCUGGUUUAGUAAUCGGCAUGCAGGGAGCGCUUUAUGGAGAUGCUGUAAAGGCUAGGCACUGGCAUGCCGUCAGCCAAGAAAGGGCCAAGCCAUGUGAAUGUAACAGGCUCUCUUUUCUCGCCCCUCUCUCCAUAUCUCUCUGCAUCUCUCUCUCUCUUCACUUUCAGUCCCUCUCUAUCUAUCCCCUCUCUCUCCAUCUCUCUAUCCCCCCCUCCACACUCUCUCUGAAUCUCUCUCACACUGGCUGUAAUAUAGAACCACUAGGCUCUAAUAGUGCCGCUCUAUCACUCUGAAAAGAGGACUUUUCUGUUACAGUGUGUAACAAGUAAUCGCAAGGGGGUUUCCAAGCAUAGAUCUUGACCAAAACCCAAUAGAAUAGAAUAGCACAAUAGAAUAGCACUUAAUAUUGAUCUCAUAUUCAUACCUUUAUUAAUUCUUAUGGUCGUUCUCUCCCUUCCUCUGUUGUAGGACGAGACAGGGGCCUAUGUGAUAGACAGAGACCCCACCUACUUUGGCCCCAUCCUUAACUACCUGCGACACGGCAAACUGGUCUACAACAAGGAGCUGGCUGAAGAAGGUACUAGAUUACUUUUUGUAUUUUUAACAUGUAUUAGAUUGUGCGUUAUGAUGCCAUUAUAAUGUAUUGUAAGACUUGUAAUUAGAAUGUAAUAACACUUUGAUUGAACGUGUGCGUGUGUGUGUGUGUUGUGCUCUCUCCCAGGUGUGUUGGAGGAGGCUGAGUUCUACAACAUCACUCCUCUGAUCAAACUGAUCAAGGAGAGGAUCCUGGAGCGGGACUGUAAAGUCACACAGGUCACACACACACACACACACACACACACACACAAAAACAUACACAUACACACACACUCUGCUUUGUUUUUGUGAAUUUUCAGUACAAUUUCUUUCUUCAUAAUCCUAUUUUCCCUAAACCUAAACUUAACCUAACCUUAACCCUAACCUUAACUCCUAACCCUAACCCUAAACCUAACCUUAACCCAAAUCCUAAACCUUUAAGCCUAAAAUACUAUUUGAACAAAUUCAGGGCAUGAAAAACAUCAUGACUUUUCAAAAUUGUUCUUGUUUUCCUACCUUGUCAAGACAUUCUGGUAACUUGUCAGGACAUUGUGGUCCUGAUAAGGUAGGGAAACAUGAACACACACACACACACACACACACACACACACAAUACAUAAAAUACAGGGAUAUACACAAAUACAAGAUGGCUACAGGUCUGCUAAAACAAAAACAGACUUGUGCAUGUGCCAAGCAGAAAGACUGUUCAGCCAUGUGUUUCACUCUUUCUGUAUUUUCUAGUUAUUUUCAGUAUAUUUCACCCAUCCUGUCUAUGAUUUCCGUUAUGUAACUUUCAAUCUUCCUCCUACUCUCUCUGUAUUAUACGCUUUACUGUACCCUCCAUCUCUGCCCUUCGGCUACACACACGCUCAUGCACACACACACACACACACACACACUGUGGGCUGUGGGGGUACGUGCUACACCACUGCUUAUAACUACAUCUAAGAUGUGUCAAAUAAAUUAUAUCAAUCUCAGGGCACCAGCUAUGCAUUUGGCUAGUGGCUAGAUGUAAAAAUCAAGCUUCUUGGUUACAGCAGACUUUCAAUCCCCUCCUGGAUCAAUACCCUCCUGGAUGCGAACAUAAAAAAAAAGGUUUCCUUUUUUUAAUGUAUUUUUUAUUAUUAUUAUUAAACAGCGCCCCUUGUGUGCACUUCUGGUAGUACCAUAUACCCCAGUAUGGUACAGAAACGUUAUGGUCCCAGUAUGGUACAGAAACGGUUUGACUGUAUGAAAAUCUGGAUACCACCCAACCCUAACACUCACUCUCACUAUCAUUCUUCUUCCAAACAUCACUACCUCUUGCUAACCUCACGCUCUCCCUGUCCUCUUUCUCUCUGCUAACAAAUGCCUUUUCUUUCCUUUCCUUACAAACAUCUCAUCUUCUCCAACUAUUGGUUACUCUCUCAAUGUCUGUUUUCUCUUCUGUCUCGUUCUCUCCCUUCCUAACACCUCUCUCUCUCUCUCUCUCUCUCUCUCUCUCUCUCUCUCUCUCUCUCUCUCUCUCAUUCUACAGCCAAACACCUUUCCCACCUACCCAUAUCUGUACAUUCCCUCCCUCUCUUCCUCCUCCUCCUCCUCCUUCUCCUCUCUCUACACCCUCUCUCCAUCCAUCAGCAGGUGCCUCCUAAACAUGUGUACCGGGUGCUGCAGUGCCAGGAGGAGGAGCUGACCCAGAUGGUUUCCACCAUGUCAGACGGCUGGAAGUUUGAGCAGGUCAGCGUGCGCACCUGCAGAAAGCCCCGCACCGGACUGCUCUGGACUGUGGGUUGGACUCACGCUGCUACCCCUCCCAACCAAUAAACCCCUUUCCUGCUCUUUGUUAGCCAAUCAGAGCCUCAGAGUCAGACCAAUUAGACCAAUCAGAGACCAAGGCCCAGUCCCAAUCUGCUCAUAAAAACGACCUCCAUUUCACAUUUCCUUCCCCUCAGAAGAAGACUGAUCUAAAUGGACACGUUGCAGACACAGACCAGUGAUCAUAAGGGGAAGGAGAUGCAAAAAGGAAGCAGAGCUAAGGAAGCUUCAAUGGAAGCUACCAUAUGUUGGCACAUCGCCAGUUCAGUAAAGUGUUUUGAGUAAUAAUGUAAUGCUAAACAUUGGCAUCACUGCUUUAGGGUGUACAGUUCAGUCUCACUGCCCACAGUAGAGUUGUAGUUGACAUGUAGUGCUGCUAGGUUGUCCUUACCCUCUGUCCCACCUCCCUACAUGAGCAUCCAUGGGUUUACCUGCUGUGAUACGGGGCCACCUUUCUUUCUCUCUCCAUCUUUCUCCCUCUUUCUCUCUCUUUGUCUCUGUCUCUGAUAGAUGGUAAACAUUGGUUCGUCGUAUAGCUAUGGGACAGAGGACCAGGCAGAGUUUCUGUGUGUGGUGUCCAAGGAGCUACACACACCUGGCUCAGGCCUGGGCACCGAACAGAGCCACAAGACCAAGGUGAGACUGACACACAGGAAACAUAUAUAUACACACACACACACAGACACACACAGACACACACAGGAGCACGUGCAGAUGCGUCAGAGGGAUAUACUCAUACAUCGUACAUCACACACCAUUCACCAUUCACUUAUCACCACCAUUCACUUCCACAAAGGUCUGAAGUAGCAGGAUACGGAUCUGUCACUGUGUGUCUCCAUGGGACAUUUCUUCUCAUCCAAGAUGAUCUGAGUAUCCUUUGAUCUUAGUGUCUGCAUUUUCCACUCAAACAUUCAAAAUGUCACACACACAUCUCCCAAAUGUCAUUCACAAGCACAUUCACAUUCACUCCAUCAUCCACACUUCUUCCCUCUCCCUCUCUCUCUCUCUCUCUCUCUCUCUCUCGCUCUCUCUCUUACUCUCUCACUCUCUCUCUCUCUCUCCCUCUCCCUGAUACUCAAUCUGUUCAUUCUUUUUUGUUGUUGUCGUGCUGUCUCAUUUUUUUAUUCUCCGUCCUUUUAAUCGAGUGAAGGCUUCAGAGGUGCAGCAGGAGAAAGGAGGAGCGCAGGAUGAGGUGGAGGGAGGAGAGAGAAAUACCACCCCGAAU